AUGGCUGGUAGAGGUAGACCCGCAAACAUUAACGCCGAUCUUGCUGCCGCUCUAAAUGGUCUAACUGAAGUUUUAAGGGCACAGGCACAGUUCAUGCAAGGGGCUCAUGCUGCUCCAGGAGGAGAACAUCGUGGACUUGAUAAAUUUUUGAAACGGGACCCUCCAACUUUCAAAGGGGAGUACAAUCCUGACGGAGCUUAUAAAUGGAUGACCCAAGUAGAAAAGACUCUCAACUCGAUGAACUGCACCGAUAAUCAGAAGGUGAAUUAUGCCAGUUAUCUGCUAGAGGGAGAAGCUGAAACCUGGUGGACCCAGGCUAAACCAAGGAUGAUCCAAGCUAACCUGAUGACUUGGAUAGAGUUUAAAAGAGUAUUUAUGGAGAAAUACUUCCCUGAAGACGUCAAGGCCCGAAAGGAAGUUGAAUUUUUGGAGCUGAAACAGGGAAAUAUGACUAUUGGGCAAUAUGCAGCUAAAUUUGAGGAACUGGCUCAAUUUCAUCCCUCGUACCGCGAUGCUGCAAAUGAAAACUCCAAAUGUAUUAAGUUUGAAAACGGAUUGAGGCCAGACAUCAAAGCUGCCAUUGGGUACCAGCAGAUUCGAAAUUUUUAUACGUUGGUGGACAAAUGCUGCAUAUUCGAGAAUGACGACAAACAGAGAAAGGAGUACCUUAAAACCCUCGGCCCUCAGAAGAACUUUCGAGGAGGAAUUGAUAAAAAGAAACCAUUUCAGAAAGCCUUCCGAUCGCAAAGUUCUUCUUCUAGUGAGAAAAACAAAAUCCUUCGAUGUUAUAAUUGUGGAGGAAACCAUUACCGGUAUGAAUUUCCUCACACCCAAGCCAUAUGUUACCGGUGCAAACAGCUAGGGCAUGUCAGUAUAAAUUGCCCAAAUCCUAAAGUGGAGUCUUCCAACAAUGAACGUGGAGGAGCUGGCAAUCGCAACAACAACAAUAACAACAAAGGGAAGAAGGAGAACAACAAGGCGCCUGCCCGAGGACGCGUCUUCACUCUGACUGGAGCAGACCUAGAACCAACCGAAGAUCAGAUUCAAGGUACAUGUUUUAUGAAUGGCAUUCCUUUAGUUGUUUUGUAUGAUUCUGGUGCUACCCAUUCUUUCAUUGUUGUUGAUCUCGUGAAACGAUUGCGUUUGGCCACGCAAUCCUUAGUUCGUAAACUCAUAGUAUCAACCCCUACUGGAGAUACUGUGAGUACUACCUUCCUUUGUAAAGACUGUCCACUUGUAAUUAAGUUUGUCAAAGUAAUCGGGAAAGAUUUAGAGGAGUCCAUGCGAGACUCUGGGACGUCUUGUCUAAGGAAAGGAAUGGCUUUUAAUGACGCUUAG